AUGGCCGAUAAGGGGAACGGAUUAGGGAAUAACGAUGCAUUUGACUAUGGAAAUGGAAGUGGCGCAGCAGGACUGGCAACGGUGAGGAGUGGGUACCCAGAGGGAACGGGAGGAGCGGAAGAGAAGGGUAGGGCGGGUGGCGGAACUGGUGGUGUGGCUGGUGGCGGCGAUACGAAGGGGGCGGAGGAGAAAGAGGAGGAAGAAAGUGGUGAUGAGUACGUGGACGAUGGUGAGGGCGACUGGACAGCGCAGCCCGGGAUGCGGGUGCAGCAGACGAAGGGAGGCGAGGAGGAAAUGGUGGAGAUGCUCGAAGAUACCGCCACAGACGCGGAAAUGAAGGAGCUUGCUCAGAACUCCGGGCACGCGGGUGCUGCGCAAGGGGGGGCGCAGAACCGAGAGCAAAGCGGAACUUCGCGAGCCCCGGCGUCGGUGCUGCCUCUGCCUCUCGCAAGCGCCAACGCGCCCGCUGCGGACGUGGCAAGACGAAAGGACUCGACAGGCGCGGGGCAACGAAAAGACGAGCAAACGACUGGGCAAGUCCCGAAACAACAAAUAGCCCAGCAUGGGGGGCCGGUGGUGCCGCAGGGGGGAUAUAUAGACGUGCGGAAGCGACAAGCGGCGGGUCGCACGGGGGAAGGAGGACAGCUGACAGAGUCGCAGAAACGAGCAGACAGUCAGCAGAGCCCCUCCAAGGUCCCCCGAGGAGACGGGGAAGGAGAUGUUGCGAGCGGAAGAAAAGAAGGGAAACCAGAAGCCGGCAAAGCAGGUGGAGGAGUGGGCGGGAAUAACGAUGGUGGGGGAGAUUACCCGGACGGUGGCGAUGUGGGGAAUGACAAGGGCAGCGACGGCUCGGACACGACUGGUGCCGACAGUGGUACGACAGGCGCGGAUGAAGUGAUAUCGCUUGGCGGGGACGUGGAAGGCGGGGACGGGGACGAGAGGGACUACGGCACGGACGCCGAGACCAUGUCCCAGGCGAGCACGGCCGGGACUGGGAUGGACGUGGGGAACGGCAACGGACAAGGGUACGACAGCGACAGCGUAUUCGCCGCCGCGAACGACGGCGGAUUAGACGUCGGCAUGAUGUUUCUUAGUAGUAAUAGCAUGGUGGGGAAGCCGGUGGUGGGAGCGGGCGCUGGAGGCAGGGCGAAGAAGCCUCCGGGAGGAGGAACUGGGAAGACGGGGUAUGAGGGCGAACGGAAGGCGGCCAACCACAGGACGCGAACUAAGCCGCGGUUCAAAGCGGUGGACUGCCAGUACAGAGAAAAAGGCGCGUUCAGCAAGCUGCAUCGGUGCGCUGUAGGCUACGCUGGUCACGCCGGUGUGACAGGUAAGCCGCGGUUGGCAGGGGUGACAGUAGUCAACUCAGGCGGGCCUAUGAACCUCACCAUGCUGCUGGGAGCAGAUGAUGGGGACAUGAAUGAUGCCAACAUGCGGGUAACAGUCUACCGCAACUGGUUUGACCAGUCAGGCCAGAGGCAGCCCAAGGCACGCUGGGGCCAGAUACACGUGGCCAACAACCUCUACACCAACUGGACCUACUAUUGCAUUGGUUUCAUGUUCUUUGCAAAAGACAACCGAGACAAAGUGAAAAAAGAGUCUCCAACGGCAAGCUUUGGAGAAAUUGGAAAGUUACUUGGACAACGAUGGGGCUCGCUUGAAAGUUCGGAAAAGGCCGUUUAUCUCAAGAUGGCCGAAGAAGACAAAUCUCGUUACGUUGAAGAAACAAAGGCCCUCAAACGGGAGAGUUAA